UUUAACAUUCAAUUCACCAAAAUUAUCCUCACUUCACUACCUAAUCUGAUUCUCCCAAAAUAAAUAAGGUAGAGCUGAAAACUAACAUGGAGACUCAAGUAGGAAUGGUAGGGAGGUGAGAAGAGGGUGAGGAAGGUGAAAAAUUGGCCGAAAAUAGAACGAAGGAGGUUGUCGGAGCUUCUUCGGAAGCUCAUCGGAGUCUCGCCGGAGCCUCACCGUCGGCGACUUCACCGGAAGAAAAAUGCUCCAAAUCCCCCCAAAAUAUCAGCGAAGGCCGCUUUUAAUGAGGGGGGACUAGGUCUGGUCUUGGUUUUGGAUUUGGCUAGCCGGAAGUGGAGGAAAUUAGCAAAAACCGUUGGAUUUUCGCGGUUUUCCGGCGAGUUUUCAAAAUUUUGACGAGAUUUUGGGUCGUGAAGAAAACCGUUCACGGCCCUUUUAUAGGCAGACCCUGCAGUUCACGGAUGCGUUUGCCAGUUCAUGGUCGUUAAGAUCGUGAACACUGCAAUCCGUUCGUGAAUACAUGCCAGUCGAUGGGUUUGACACACGUGGAAGCACCCUGGUUCACAGAUGCGUUUGCCUGUUCACGGUCUUAUAAGACCGUGAACAGGGCAAUCUGUCUGUGAACACCGGUGAAAAUAGGACACUUCAAAAAAAUUUUACUCGACCUACUCCACCGUGCUACUAUCAUUCACGACACAACUCAAAACACGCAAUGACAAAAACAUAGCACGGGGAGACCACUCGACCACUUGAACUCUUCACUCGAUACAAAAACGAAAAUAAGGAAAAGAAAACAAACCUACAUUGGGUUGCCUCCCAACAAGCGCUAAGUUAACGUCACUAGCUUGACGUUGCGGAUCUAUCAUGCCUUUGAACGUGGUGCCACCGAGAGUGGAUCCACCACGUUCUCGGGCGAGGCAUGUCACCUCCCAACUUGCCAUGGGGUGGCCUUCUAUGCCAAUGACUUUCGCUUUGCCCUUUUCCUUCCACAUGGCAUUAGCAUAACUUAUCCUUUCCAUCCAAGCUCGUUUCCUUCCUUCUUUGGCCGAGAUUCCCUCCUUGCUUUCCUGCUUCACAUCAUCACAUGAACCAACAGUAAUAGUGGGGUUCGCCUAGCAAGGCUCUCCUCUACUUAAAUUCAUAUCACUCGGUUCCACUUCCUUCACAUCUUCACUCCUAGGCUUAGGAUCAAUUCCCAGAGUAAUUCUCUCCUCACCAUCUCUCAGGAUCAAAGUUCCCUCAUUUACAUCAAUUAAAGCCUUGGCGGUGGCAAGGAAAGGGCGUUCUAGUAUGAGUGGCAUCUCAGAAUCCUCAGUUAUAUCCAGGAUCACAAAAUCCGUCGGAUAACAAAAUUUUCCCACUCGUACUAGCACGUCCUCCACUAUGCCCCUAGGACUAAUGACAGAGCGAUCGACCAAUGUGACACUAAGCCUCGUAGUCUUUAGUUCACCUAUGUCUAGCCUCUUAAAAAGAUUAUAAGGAAUCACAUUUAUUCUCGCUCCUAAGUCCGCCAAGGAGUUUUCUAUGUGAUGAGAACCGAUGCAAAGAGGUAUAGUAAUACUACCUGUAUCGGGUUGCUUCUUGGGCAACCAGUUGAGGAUGAAGGUUGAGCACUCCUAGCCUAGGGUGACAUUGGCGAGGUCUUUGAACUUCGGCUUCUUGGAGAGAUACCCCUUGAGGUAUCUCGAAUACCUUGGCAUGUGGGCCAUUGCUUCAAGGAAGGGAAUGUUGAGGUGGAGCUUCCGGAGCAACUCCAUGAAACCUCCACAUUCCGCUUCCAAUCUUUCCUUGUGCACCCUCGUGGGGAAAGGUAGGGGUGGCGUUUACUCAGCCACAGGUGGUGACGUCGGCACUGCCUUCCUCGCCACUCCUCUCUUUUCUCAAGAUGUUUCUUCUUCAUCACCCUUGGGUAGAGGGUCUUCCUUCUCAUUCACUUCUUUGGCAACAACCUCUGGAGUCACCUUCCCGCUCCUCAAAUGGAUUGAAUUCACCCUGGCAUUAUCCUUGGGGUUAGUAAUGGUUUGAGAGAGUAGGGCUCUUUGUGAUCUCUCGGUGAGGAUCCCGACAAGAUUGCUAAUUUGCACUUCCAAGUUUCGGAGACUUGCUUGAUGGCUCUGGAGUCCCGCCUCUACCGAGGUAAACUUGGAGGUUUUCACAUCCAUGAAUUGCUCAAUCUUCUCGAACUUCUAAGAGCUUGUACUCAUAAAGGAGGUCACAAGGUCUUCAUGUUUAGAGAACUUGUCGACUUGUUGUUGUUGUUGUUGUUGAAACCCUUGACUGCCUUGUGAUUGGUAUGGUUGUUGGAAGUUCAAGUUUUGGAAUUGAGGCCUUUGUUGGAUGAAGGUUGGCCGAGGUUGAUAGUUGCCUGACUCACUUCUACUGUCACUCCAGGAAUUGGCCAAGUGUAACCACUUCCUAAAGCGUAGUAUAGCGGGUUUGGGUUUAAUUAUCAAAUCGGGUCCUAGAUUUGAUGACUACUCAGUGAAUUCUUGUUAUCUAGCAAUGAAACUGGAAUGCAAGUCUAAACUAUCAAACUAACAAAGCAAACAAACGGUUGUAUUCAGGUUAAGAGAGGUCACCCGGAUAUGGUUCCCCCUAGACUGCAGUUAAGCCGGAUUGUAAUUACCAAGUUCAGUUUCUAUGAAAGUUAUACUGCGGAAGGUUCUUGAACACCCUAAAGUCUCGACUAAAGGUCUUCAGACCCUCUCAAUCUGAGUCUCUAGCGGGCGACUAACCUCCACCGGAGUAAACAGAUUGAGGCCUUAACAAACAAAACCUCCACUACCGGAGUAAAUCCAGUAUAGAAUAGUGAGUUGGCUCCUCGACUAAAGUCACCAACUUCCUACCUUCAAUCAAGGAUGCUCUAUCAACCUAGGCAGAUAUUCUCAUUCUAGGUCAAAGCAGAAACAACAGGAAUUUGAUCAGGAUUCAAGUCAUUCAAUCAUUCAAACCUCAAUCGAAUAUAAUCAAAUCAUAGAAUCAGUACUUGGGUUCAUACAAUCAAAGCCUAACAUACAAAUCUAGGGUUCUCCAUACCCAGAUGAAUGGGAGAACUACUCCAUAGAGAAAGAGGCAAAAGCAGAAUCAGAUGCGGAAUUCAUACUGUGAAGGAUGGAUUCCUGCUCCUGGACGUUGAUCGGCACUUCUCCAAGCUCAAACUGGCCUCCAAUGGUGUUGAAGAACAAUCUAGGGCACUUGGAGACUCUUGUUUGUCGCUUUCUCUCUCUAGGAAUCGUUCUCUCUCUCAAAAACUCGAAUCCCCUUCUGUUUGGCUGAAAAUCUGCUUAAAAGGGCAUCAGUGGCCAAAGCACGGUCGAGGGCACGGCCGUGCUUUGCCUCAGCCCGCCCGUGUUUUGGCUAGGGUUAAUUACACGGCCAUUGUGUUGGUGCAAACACGGCCGUGCUUUGGGAGAACACGCCCGUGCUUUGGGAGAACACGCCCGUGCUUUCAGCCCGUGUUUUCAACUUGAAUUUGCCAAACUCAAUUAGCUCUCGGCAGUAAAAGCACGGCCACAGAACACGGCCGUGUUCUGGUUUAGGUGUGCCCGUGUUUUCGCUCCAGCUUGACGAAAUGACUUCCGAACACCCCGAAACUCGUGCUUAGCCUUUCCUUUGAUGCCUGGGACCUGAAAUAUGACAAAAUAGCACAACCCGGCGUAAAAUAGGCAAAAAAUACACGACUAUGCCCCUCAAACGGAUAAGAACUAGGGGCGCAAAUAUGUGCAAUUACAUCGUUAUCAAAUUCCCCCACACUUAACUGUUUGCUUGUCCCCAAGCAAACCUAACUCAAACCAAUGCAACUCUCCAGACCUCUAUAGCAACAAACAACCCAGAUCGUAGGUAGAGGACUUCCUAGAUCAUUUAGCAACUUACGAGGUCAACCGACGCACAAGUCAUCUCAUAGCUUCUUCGGCGAGAGCACUAGUAUCGAGUCGGCAUCAUGGCAAAUAGUGAACAGACGACAAAUGAAUUGUGGAUGAAGAGAUUCUCAAAAACAAAAGAUCAUGGACUCA